AGCGUUGGCGGGCGCAACAAGACACGGAGGUAGUUCUGAGAUUGCGGAAGCAAGCUGUGGGCAGCAGUUGGCUCCAAGGCGUGAACAGAAAAAACAGAAACAUGAUGGCGAUGAUGAUGAUGAUGAUGAUGAUGAUGCAAAGGAAUGAUGGAAAGGAAAAGAGUCGUCGUGUAAUCCCUGCGUGCUCGAAACCCCAAGCGCCUGGCAAGCAAAAGAGUGUCAGUUGUUGUGUCGUUUUCCCCGUAUUGCCGCCCUCUUCUCGUCUUUCGCGUCUCUGUGUUGUUCUCUUCUCGUGUGUCUCGUGUUUUGGUUAGCGCUAGCGCCGCUUCGGUUGUCUUCGCCCCUAAGGCUACCAGCUCUGCUCCCACCCGCAACUGGUUUUCGGUGUGACCUGACCCCGACGAAACAAGGCUCCGUUGCGGGGUAAUCGGAUUGUAGGAUGCCCAAAAUGAGCCGGGGCCCUAUCUUUGACACUGUCGAGCGGUGCACAUCAUAGCACGACCUCCCUAUUGUCUGUACUGCCCGGCUCGGUUGUUCCUGUCUUAGGUCUGCUCGGGGACGCUUGGGCCUCUAAUACCCCAGUCCGAGACUUGCAAGGUCCCAAAAACCUGG